AUGAUUUGUGAAAAUCACACCAGAGUCACUGAAUUUAUUCUUCUUGGUUUUACAAACAACCCUGAGAUGCAAGUUUUUCUCUUUGUUUUGUUCCUGGUCAUCUACACAGUCACUUUUUUGGGAAACUUCCUCAUUGUCACAGUUACCAGUGUGGAUUCUGCUCUUCAAACACCCAUGUACUUCUUUCUCCGAAACCUAUCACUUCUUGAAGUCUGUUUCACCUUGGUCAUGAUGCCAAAGAUGCUGGUAGACCUGGUAUCCUCAAGGAAAAUCAUCUCUUUUGUAGGCUGUGGUACCCAGAUGUACUUCUUCUUCUUCUUUGGUAGCUCUGAAUGUUUCCUUCUUUCUGUGAUGGCUUAUGAUCGCUUUGUGGCCAUCUGUAACCCUCUUCGUUAUUCAGUCAUAAUGAAUAGGUCUUUAUGCUUGUGGAUGGCUGUAGGCUGCUGGAUGUCUGGUAUUCCUGUCUCCAUGCUACAGACAGCUUGGAUGAUGGCCCUUCCUUUUUGUGGGCCAAACAUGAUAGACCACUUUUUUUGUGAUGGUCCCUUGGUAUUGAAACUAGUCACCCAGGAUACAACCAGAUAUGAAAUGCAAGCACUUGCUUCCACAUUAAUAUUUAUUAUGCUUCCAUUUUCUCUCAUUUUGGUCUCCUACAUCCGUAUUAUCUCAACCAUCUUAAGGAUGCCCUCAGCUACUGGUCGCCAGAAGGCAUUCUCCACUUGUUUAUCUCACAUUAUUGUGGUAUCCCUUUUCUAUGGAACAGCCAGCUUGACCUACCUACGGCCCAAAUCCAACCAAUCCCCAGAGAGCAAGAAAUUAGUGUCACUGUCCUACACUGUCAUCACUCCUAUGUUAAACCCCAUCAUCUACAGCCUAAGGAACAAUGAAGUGAAGGGGGCAGUUAAGAGGACAUUCACUAGAAAAUUCUUGAGAAAGUUAGAUGUGCUUUUUUGA